AUGGCAUCGGAAGAAAUCCUAACACCCUUGAACAUCGCACAGCUCCUCGACAGGCAACAGGGGCAUUUCCCGGAAAAAACAGCCGUGAUAUCAAAGUGGCAGGGGUCGAGUUUGACAUAUGAAACCCUGAACAGGUCUGUCAGGGAGAUAGCGACAAAUCUGCUACGACAGGGCGUGCGCCCGCAAGACCGCGUUGUUAUGCUUGCUGGGAAUACGAUCGAGUAUGUGCAGCUGUUCCUCGCAGUCAGUGCCAUCGGGGGGAUUUUCACUAUUAUAAACCCGACAUUUACGCAGGAUGAGAUUUUACCUGCCAUUGAGUUCGUGGACCCAAGUGCCAUUUUCAUCGCAGACCGAAUUGGAUAUCGCAAGUAUGGGCCGCUCAUAGCAGAAAUUGCAACGAAGCGUCGCAAUGUCUCGCUCUUCGUGCAGCUUGGUUCUGGACCGAAGUUGUCUGAGGAUGUGCGCACAUGGGAGGAAUUCCUCCAGCCAGAAGGGGGCGCUGUCCAGCAACACGACCUUGUUUCCUCGUACUGGGGACGGGCGGACCCAAACGAUGCAAUGUGUAUCCAGUUCACGAGUGGCACGACUGGGCCGAGAAAGGCGGCAAUGCUAUCACAUAGCAACCUGUUGAAUAAUGCCUUACUUGUGGGACACAGACUCCGUUUCACAUCGGACGACACUGUCCUCUGCUGCUCGCCUGUAUUCCACUGCUUCGGUCUAGUAUGCGGAGUCCUGGCAGCACUUGUAUAUGGAGGGACAGCCGUCCUCCCCUCGGACGUCUUCGUCGCAGAAGCGAGUCUCCGCGCUCUGUCGGAGGACAAGUGUACGGUAGUGCAUGCCGUCCCAACAAUGUUUCAGGCCAUGCUGGAUCACCCCGAUAUUGCUAAACAUGCUCCGCACGCUUGCCUUAGAACGGGGAUUGUAGCUGGUUCCAGUCUAUCUACGGCUCUUCUCUCCCGGCUGGAAGAGGUGUUGAAUUUCACGGGCCUUGCGUAUGGAUAUGGCAUGACGGAGCUUUCGUGUAUUGUUUUCUUAACGGAUCCGAAUGAGGUUCGUCUAGUUGAUCAGCAUACGUCUGUUGGAAAGGUUAUGCCGCUUACUACAGCGAGGGUGGUUGAUGAGAAUAUGAAUACGCUUCCACCCGGAACACCGGGCGAGCUAGUGGUCUCUGGAUAUCUUGCUUUCAGGGGAUAUUACAAGAAUCCCGAGAAAACAGCGGACACCUUGGUUACAGAUUCUGAAGGCCGGACUUGGCUACGAACGGGAGACUUGGUGAAUAUUGAUGCUGCUGGUCGGUGUACUAUUACUGGGCGGGUGAAGGAUAUGAUCAAGAGAGGAGGCGAAAACAUCUUCCCAGGUGACAUUGAGCCAGUGCUGGACUAUCAUCCCGAUAUUAUUGCAUCUGCAGUUGUCGGGGUCCCAGAUCCUUAUUGGGGAGAGAUUGUUGUGGCUUUCAUACAACCAGCGAAAGAGGCCAAGGAAGGAGCUAGUCUACAGAAAAGGGCUAUCAAGCAAUGGCUGAGGAAUAAGCUGGCACCUCAUAAGACCCCAGAGCAUUUCUUUCUGCUUGGAGAUGGAGGAGGUAUUCCCAAUGAACUGCCAGUGAAUGCCACUGGGAAGGUGCUGAAAAGAGAUCUGCGAGAUAUUGCUACUACUCUCGUGUGA